CGGACUCAAAAGCGAGGGCUACUCGCCAAAUCACAGACGGGGCGGGAAAACGGCGAUUUUUUUCGGGGGAAAAAAUACACCUCCCUCCAAGAAUCCCGUCCUCCGCCAGAAAACCCUAGCGCCCCCCUCCCCCAAACCCUAGCUCCCUUGUUCUCUCCCUCCGAUUCCAAUGGCGCUGGCCAUGGAAUCGUUCAUCCACGAGGAGGAGGAGGUCGACCACCCGGUGCGGUAUCUCCCCCUCGGCCACGUCUACUCCGCCACUCCCUGCAUCAACCCUAGCGGAUCCUCCAACGUAAUGUCCAAGAAGGUCAAGGCCCGGAAGCUCGUGGAGGAAGGGGAGGAGGAAGGAGGAAGAGGCGAAGAGGAGGACCGGAAGAAGCCCCUCGAUCUUGAUAGGGCCGACUUCCAGAGGAGCAAUGCCGGAAAACCCAUUCUUGUGUACCACAGAAGGGUCAAGAAGCCUCGACCGGCCGUGGACGGGCAGUCGUCCUUCGAUUCUUUGGCCCAGCGUCUCGAGUCGCGGCCGGAUCCUGCCGGGAAUUGGGGGGGGAAGGAGAUGGAACGUGGAGACGGUGAUCGGCUGGAUCUUGAGGCCGAUUUGGUCGGGGAAGGGAAAAAUGCCAAGAAGAGGAGUUUGAUGAAGUACGAGCUGCUUCGGCUGGGAGAUGGGUCUGGUUCGCUGAGUGGAGUUUCAGGGCCUAGGUUAAGAGGAACCGGAGGGUUUAAUAAGACCGACGUUGCCAAGACCAAGAAGAGAGUUCGUGACGCUCCAAAGGAUCUUUCUGGCCCGGGCAAGGGGAAGAGAUGGGUCGAGUUGGAUUUUGAAGGUGCGGAUCCACAGACAUUCGUUGGAUUGGCAUGUAAGGUUUUCUGGCCGAUGGAUGAUGACUGGUAUCGGGGUUCCGUGACUGGGUACAAUUCAACGACCAAGCAGCAUCGUGUUGAAUAUGAUGAUGAUGAUGUUGAAUAUCUGAUUCUAUCGAAAGAGAAGAUAAAGUUUCAAAUUUCUUGUGAGGAAAUGCAAAAAUUGAAUUUGAAGUGUGGUGUUCACAACAUGGAGAAGAAAGCGCUCAAUUACAAUGAAUUGCUGGGACUGGCUGUUAGUUUCCAUGACUGCCAAGAUCUUGAACCUGGGGAUCUUGUAUGGGCAAAACUUACAGGGCAUGCUAUGUGGCCUGCAGUUGUUGUGAAUGAAUCAAAUGUUGGUGCAAGUCAAGGAUUGAAGCCAGUUAGGGUGGAUAAAUCUGUUCUUGUACAGUUUUUUGGAACGCAUGAUUUUGCAAGGAUCAAAUUGAAAAAUGCUAUCCCAUUUCUUAAUGGGCUGCUCUCUUCUUUGCAUCUGAAGUGCAAGCAAGCACGUUUCCAUCGAAGUCUAGAUGAAGCAAAAAUGUAUCUGAGCAAGCAGGAGCUUCCAAAGACCAUGCUGCUGCUGCAAAAAAGCAUUGGGGCUGAUGAAUGUGAUGGUGCUUCCGAAGAGAAUGAAGAAGAAACUGACUCAUGUGAAGAUCUAUCAGGAGAUGAAACAACAUAUGCAGAUGAACACAACAACAUUUCUCCAAUUGAAAUUGGGAACCUUCGUGUAACUAGAUUAGGAAAAAUUAUAUGUAAUUCAGAGUAUUUCCAUAACAAGCAGCAUAUCUGGCCAGUGGGAUAUACUGCCUUUAGGAAGUUUAUGUCAAUAAAAGAUCCGAGUAUAGUAACAUCAUAUAAGAUGGAAGUUCUGAGGAAUCCCAAGUUGAAAUCCCGACCUUUAUUUAGAGUAACAGCAGAUGAUGGAGAGCAGAUUGAUGGACCUACUCCUACUGCUUGUUGGAAGGAAAUUUAUAGCAGAAUAAGGAAUAAGCACUGUGAUGGUUUUAAUGCUGAAGUGGAGGGAAGUGAAUUUCAAAAGUCCGGUUCUUACAUGUUUGGUUUCUCAAACCCGCAAAUAUCCCAGCUCAUUCAGGAAUUGCCAAAUUCUAGAUUGUGCUCGAAGUACUUUGAAAGCAGUGGGGAUGUACCUGCCGGUUAUAGACCUGUUCGUGUUAACUGGAAAGAUCUUGACAGGUGCAUUGUUUGUGACAUGGAUGAGGAGUACGAGGACAAUCUGUUCCUGCAGUGUGAUAAAUGCCGUAUGAUGGUUCAUGCGAGAUGCUAUGGUGAACUGGAACCGUUAGAUGGUGUGCUUUGGCUCUGCAAUUUAUGUCGGCCUGGUGCACCCAAAUUUCCUCCAAGAUGCUGCCUCUGUCCUGUUAUUGGUGGUGCAAUUAAACCUACAACUGAUGGACGCUGGGCUCAUCUGACGUGCGCGAUGUGGAUUCCUGAAACUUGCCUGUUGGAUGUAAAGAGAAUGGAGCCUAUAGAUGGGAUAAGCAGAAUUAAUAAGGACCGGUGGAAGCUAUUAUGCAGCAUUUGUGGCGUUUCUUAUGGGGCUUGCAUUCAGUGUUCUCACAAUACAUGCUGUGUGGCAUAUCAUCCGCUUUGUGCACGUGCUGCUGGUCUUUGCGUUGAGCUGGAAGAUGAGGACAAAAUACAUCUCAUGUCACUUGAGGAUGAUGAUCAGUGUAUUCGCCUACUUUCCUUCUGUAAGAAGCAUAGGCAGCCAUCUAAUGAGCGUCCGCCUGCUGAUGAUAGCCUUGCACUACCAGCUCAAUUUGAUUCCAGCUAUGUCCCUGCAUCUAACCCAUCUGGUUGUGCAAGAAGUGAGCCUUAUAAUUUCUCUUGGAGAAGGGGACAGAAACAACCCCAGGUUCUGGCUGCUGCAUCUGUAAAACGGUUGUUUAUUGAGAACAAGCCUUAUCUGGUCAGUGGUUAUCGUCAAAAUGGACUUGGGUGUGGUCCUACUAGUGAUGAAUCUUUCCAAACAACCUGUUUGUUUGAUGCUCCAAAACUGGGAACCUCUCAUCGUGAGGGAAACAUAUCUUCCAUGGCUGAGAAGUACAAAAAUAUGAAGGGGACAUUUAGAAAGAGACUAGCUUUUGGAAAAUCAAGAAUUCAUGGAUUUGGUGUUUUUGCAAAGCUUGCACACAAGGCUGGGGACAUGGUAAUUGAAUAUAUUGGCGAACUAGUUCGGCCACCAAUUGCAGACAUAAGAGAACACCGGAUAUAUAAUUCAUUAGUGGGUGCUGGAACUUAUAUGUUCCGAAUAGAUGAUGAGCGUGUCAUCGAUGCUACUAGGGCAGGAAGCAUAGCUCAUUUAAUCAACCACUCUUGUGAACCAAAUUGUUACUCCAGAGUGAUCAGUGUUAAUGGUGAUGAACAUAUCAUUAUAUUUGCAAAACGGGACAUCAAGCAAUGGGAAGAAUUGACAUACGAUUAUAGAUUUUUCUCAAUGGACAAACAACUUGCUUGCUACUGUGGCUUUCCAAGAUGUCGUGGAGUUGUUAAUGAUAUUGAAGCAGAGGAGCAAGCAGCCAAAAUUCGAGUACCUCGAUGUGAUUUAGUUCAGUGGAAAGGCGAAUGAGGUUUUAGUGCAAGGAAGCCAUACAUGUUCUUUUUUACUCUUUUUUCUUGGUGGCUGGAGGUGUGGAUGAUUGAGGUUAUGCAUCAAAUUUUUUGUCAAAAAUUGGUGCCUUGAAUCAAGUUUUGAUUGAUCUUCAAUUUUGAUAUGAGGAAUUUAGAAAAUUGUUACCAUUUUUGUUUCAAUCAGCUAAUACGGCGAGGUCGAGCUAUUGUAUUGAUGGCUGGUACAUCUACAAAGCUAUACAUCCAAUGUUCAGCAUGGCGGUGUUUGGCCACAUCCUCCAGAACAUCUUUUUUUGAGGUGCUUGGAUGAUUUAUUCCUAAUUGAAUGGAAAAAACCAAGCUCAAGCAUUCAUUAUUGCUGCCCUUGGCCUCAAGUUGUGCAGAAGGUGAGAAGAGAUCGAUGCAAAGAUGGCUGCAAUUCUUUCUGCCAGUUCAAAAUUUCAACUAUAGAAUGUAUUGAUUUUUCAAUUCUCAAAAGAUCGGUUCCCAGUUCUUCAAGUUCUACAGGCAUGGUUUCUGAUAAAGCUUAACUUUUAAAGGAACAGAGACCUACUACUGCUAUUUAGGGAGUGGGCGAGUCGGGGAUUUGGAUGAUGAUGUGUGCCAGAGCAGCCCCUGUCGCACCACUGCCCAGCACCAAUCAUCCCCCUUCCGUCCGCGCUCCUGUCGCUCCUCCCGCCUCCAAGACCUUCUCUCCUCCGAACGCUCUCUUUAGCUGAAUAAAUGCGAUGGCCCCGCGUGGGCUUCUCCGCUCUCGUCUGGGCAGCGGGGAAAGGGACAUGGCCUCUCCGACGGAGGGAGCGGGCGGUGUCUCCGCUGAUCCCUUUGGACGAGAUGGCGCGGUGGCUGGAGAAGGGAAGACGUACGAUGCCACGGCGGAGGAGCAGCUCUUGGAAGAGAUGGAGCGGAGAAGGGAAGCCCAGCUUGCCAACAUCAAUAAGCUCAAGAACGAGGCCAAAUUCGGAAAAGCAAGAGUCACAGCAUCAAGGAACAGGAUUGAAGAAGUCUUUUUACAAAUGGGAUCAAAGUUCUUUUAUAUCGGACCUCAUAUCCCCAAAUAAGAUUGCACUAUCAUAUCGUGUCCUUGGCUGCACAGAACUCUGAAGGAGAUUUGCAGCGAUAUAUGUUAUUCCAAGUGCCCUUGGUGUCAGUAUAUGGAAGAAGAACAUCCACAGGGACUUGCCUUUGACUUUCAAAGGGUUCCCUGGUCUUUGUUAAUAUGAGCCCAGCGGUUAUGGGGAACUGAAAGACCAGGGAUCCUAUCUUCAAGGCUUUUGCAUUCCUCGACUUUGAGCCUGAGGAAGCUGCAAAGAGUUUGUACAGACAUAUUCCAAGACAAAUGUACUUUUCGGAAAGGCACAGAAGCAGAUUACUUGUAAUGUCAUAAACUCACGUGGCUCUUCCAACUCUUCUCAGCAGUCAGUAGAUGGCACUCAGACAUCCACCCAGCUGGAAGUGACCGACUUGGAGGAUGAGAUUCCCACAGGAUCUGACAUGAACAAACUUUCCCAGGAUUCUUGUGGUGGAACUAUUGAGUUAACAGUAAUUGACAAGACUCGACAAGAAUCUGUAUUGAGUGAGAAUGGCACCGAUGAUCUGCUAUCCCUUUUCGAAACGAGAGAAUACUGGCAUUCGUCAUCCGAAGACCUCCCUUUCGCAUGAUGCUAAAGAAGGGAGUGAAAAAUAUUUUGAAAAAAAUGCCGAAGUUUUGGAUUCAAAUGUUUCUACUCCGUUGCGCAAAGGAAACAAAAGGGUUCAAAGAAGAAAACGGUCAAUAAAAUAUCUGUGAGAACGUGGAAUUUGAGCCUGCUUGGUUCUGUGACCAGGUUAAAGAUCAAGGAGAGGGUGUUCUCUCUAAGUAUGGGGGAAAGGUUGGGAACGCUGAGUAACAGUAUUCUUUUUAAGGGAUCAUUCGCUACGUGAUCAAUGGCUCUGACAGAACCACUGGUUACUGCAUCAGCUGUGGUGUUGCAAGGAAAUCCCGGUGUUUUGUAUUGGCUAACCUACUUUAAUUGUAACAAGGUUCAUAUAAGCUUUUUGCACAUUGCCAGUUUAGGAGUUGAGAGUUUGGAUUUGUCAGCAGACUUUCAGGCGAACUGUCUAGAGGAUGAAAUGGCCUAGGAUCAUAGCCAUACCGCCCAUGUUACACACACGGUGGUGUAAGAGACGCGUUUGUGGUAGAAGUAGUUCAGAUAUUAACCUGCUUUGGGUGGCCGCACAAAACGGGCUGGAGAAGCCAAUACUCAUAAGCUGAGACACAUUACCAGGCUCAGCUAGCUACAAGAGUGGCCCCAGUGCAAAAUGAGUCUUCACUGGUCAUCAUGCAGUCUCUCUGUCAUUCAGAGGGAUGUCAAUGCAGUCAUAAUGUCUGCAUUCCUCUUUUUCAAUUUUUUUGGGACGGUUAUCAUAUGCAAACCUCAAGCAUGCUCGCUGCAUCUUCAACUGGGCAAGUGGGCAUAUGAUAAGCGAAGGAUUUUUGUCAACGAUGCAAAUAUGUUUGUCUGUCUAGCUGAUCAUAACAUCACCAAAUGAUACAUGAUAUUAAAUUCGCAUGUCAA